AUGCGGGCAGCCGGGUGCCGGGCACCCGCUGCCGUGUUGCUGCUGCUGUGGGUGCUUGUGAGUGCCCAGCAGUGCCCAUCGGGCACUCCCAGGGCCGUCCUGCGCUUCUCCGACACCCAUGCCGACAUCCGUGUGCCGGCCCUGCACCGGGUGCCCGGGGCGCUCGACCCCCUCUACCGCCUGGUUCGGCGCUGCCUGGACCUGGUGCAGCCCAACCCGCUGCCCACAGAGCUGCUCCGGGCCGCUCUCAAUGACCCGGCAUCUGUGAGGACAUCCCAGGUGCUGCACUAUGAGCUGGGCUACGUGGYGGGUGCUACAGGUGCACUGCUCCUGGCGGUGGCCUUGCCAACCACCGGCAUCUGUCUCUGCUACUGGCGGCACCGGCGGCGCUGCCGGGGGGGCCGCCUGCCACCCCCCCGCCGCUCGCCCACCUGCCACCGUCGCUGCCUCCUCGCUGGCCUCUCCGUCACUUCCCUCCUCAGCCUGGCCACUGUCAUCUGCGCCUUCCUCACCAACCAGAGGGCAACAGAGCAGAUGGGGCCGGGGCUGGGUGCCGUGCCCGCCACCCUGCGCACCCUGCGCCAGCACCUUGGGGCCAUCCCCCAGGGGGUGCACAUGGUGGUGGAGCAAUUCCAGGUCGCCCGGCAACAGAUCCUCACUGACCUGGCCCACAUGAGCCGGAGCGUGGGGGUCUCUAUCCACUCACAACUGAAGGCAACGACCUAUGCAGUGCUGGCCGAGCUGCGGGACCGGGCAGAAGAGCUGCGGGCCUCGCUGUGGCACCUGCAGAUGGCAGAGCGCAUGGUCCGGGGGCUGGCAGCGGCGCGGGCCCGCAUGGAGCCGGAGCUGCGUGAGCGCCGGGAACGCACCGCUGCGCUGUUGGACGACCCACGUUGCACCUCCUGUGCCAGCGCCCUGGGCCAGGCCCACAGCCUGCAGCCUGGCGCCGACUACAGCCAGGUGCCGUCGCUGGAGCGGAUGCUGCAGGCACUUGCUGGGCUCCCACGGAGCGACUUGGAAGGGAGCAUUGGGCAGGCCAACGGCACCUUCAAUGCCAUCCCCGAGCUGGCUGUGGAGAGGAUGGCGCCGCUGGUGCAGGAGCUGCGUGCCGAGAUGGCGGAGGCUGCAGCGAAGGUUCAGGAUGUGGCUGCUGGCUUCCCGACAGCUGACUACACGCACCCACUGAGCGAGGCGCUGCGGGUGGCUGAGGAGCAGAGCCAACCCUUCCUGCAGGCGACUGCGCGCUGGGAAGGCUACAGGUGGGUGGUCGGCACGGCGCUCUGCUCCGUCGUGCUGCUCAUCGGGCUGUGCCACGCGGCCGGCGUCAUGCUGGGCACCCACGGGCUCCACAGACGCCAUGAUCCCGCUGACUACGAGUGCUGUGCUGAGGCCGGCGCCCGGCUGCUYGUGGUUGGCGCAGCCCUGGCCUUCCUCGCCUCGACCCUCCUCAGCCUCCUGGUUUCUGUCACCUUCCUGCUGGGGGGCAACGUGCAGACGCUGCUCUGCAGGAGCUGGGCCAGCCACGAGCUCUACAAGUUCUUGGACACCCCUGGGAACCUGCCGCCCUCACUGAACCUCAGCCAGCGGCUCAACCUCCGCAGCGGCUACAACCUCAGCACCGCUUACCAUGAGUGCCGGGGCGGCGCGGGGCUCUGGGAGGUGCUGCAGCUUGCCACCUCCUACGACCUGGACCAGCAGCUCCAAGUCUCCAAGUUUGCAGGCACCUUCCAGAAGCGCUUGGACAACUUCAGCACCCGCCUAGGAGAUGUGCAGCUGCUGCACCCGGAGGUCAGGAGGGACCUGGAGACCUUUGCCCACUCCGGUGUUGACCGUGUGGACUAUGGGCGCUUCCAAGAGGAGAUGCGGACGCCACUGGUGAGGAGCAGUCUGGGUGACCUGGCUGCGAGGCUGCAGGGGCUGCAGCGGGUGCAGAGGAACAGCACGGUGGCGGCACGCUUGGCGGCUGAGGCGCGGGCACUGUGGCAGAUGCACAACCACACGGUGCAGGAGCAGGAGGCCUUGGUGGCAAAGCUGGGCAAGAGCAUUCGGUUCCUUGCAGUGCUGGCGCCCCAGCUGCAGGCACGGGUGAACAGGACGCUGGCAGUGGCGGCUGUGGCAGAGGCGACGCUCCCGGCACAAGCGCAGCGGCUGCUGCGGCAGGAGCUCGCCUGCUUUGCCAGGAAGGAGCUGCGCCACUUCUCCCAGUACCUGCACUGGCUCGGGCAGACGCUCCGGGAGGACGUGGCCUCGUGCCAGCCGCUGGCCACGGCACUGGAUAACGGCCGUGUGAUCCUGUGCGACCGCAUUGCUGACCCCUGGAAUGCUGCCUGGUUCAGCCUGGGCUGCUGCACCCUCUGCCUUGUGCCCGGCAUCGUCCUUGCCCUCUGCCUCGCCAAGUACUUCCGACCCCUCCGCAACCGGCUCAUCUCCACGGGCUCGGAGGAGACCUGUCCCUUCCAUAUCCCCCGCGUCACCGCACUCAAGCUCUAG